UAUUCCCUUCAAUAAAUGAAGCACGACCCACCUAUCCCCUUCCAAGAUGGAAGCCAGUUACCUACCACCUACGCCCACAUAUUAUAUCAGAUAUACUAUUGCAGCCUGCGCCAGGUAGAGUUGAGCAUGGCACCAUCCCACCAUAAGCUUAAGGUGUUGGAGCAGUGGCGGGUUUCAUCUCAUCCGAGCUCGGCCACCCUGCCGUGCUCCCUUCCCUCGACCUUCUUCGACCUCGUCUUCUAUUGCUUCCACCCGGUGCAACGCCUCCUCUUCUACGAGUCGACCAACCUCGAGACCGAGCUCCCUAAACUGAAGCACUCCUUAGCUCUCGCCCUCAGUUACUACUACCCUCUCGCCGGGAGCCUUACACGAGACUCCGAGGUGCAAAAUCCCGAGCUCCUUUGCUCUCAAUCUGACUUCGUUCCCCUCACGGUAGCCGCCAGUCGAGACGACUUCUACGAGCUCUCAGGAGACCAUGCGCGGGACAUGGCGAGGUUCCAUCCUCUGGUGCCACCGCUGACCGCCUCCAGCGGAAGGCAGCCCGUGUUUGCAGUCCAAGUCACCAUGUUCGCUGACGCCGGCGUCGCCAUCGGGACCACCGUUCACCACGCCGUCGCCGAUGGCUCUAGCUACACCAACUUGAUGAAACUGUGGUCGUCGAUACAUCGGCUUGGGGAGCUUCCGGCAAUUUCGACAGGGCUGCUCCCGUUUCUCGACCGUAGCGUCGUCCACGACCCAGCAGGGCUGCAAAGCAUCUUCGUAAAGGAUCUGCAAUCGCUCAGAGGAGAUCCAAGUCUCAAUGCCUGGGACCUCACCGGCGUCCCUGAUGUGAAGCUGGCCACUUUCGCUUUCAGCCGAGACACCCUAGAUAAGCUGAGACGACGGGCGACGUGCAAGAGGAAGGCGUCGGCCCAGACGUCGCCGUACGCGUUGGCCUGCGGCCUCGUGUGGGCCGGCCUGGUCCGAGCGCGAGGCGACACGAACAGGAAGAAGGAGCAUUUCGGCUUCGUGACCGGCUGCCGGGCACGGACGAAUCCGCCCAUUCCAGCCAAUUACUUUGGGAAUUGCCUAGGUAUCUGCCGCGUCGAGGCCGAGAGGAGCGAACUCGUCGGCGAAGACGGAGCGGCGGCCGCCGCGGACGCGAUCUGGAAGGUGAUCAAGAGCCUGGAGGAGGGGGCGUUCAGCGGGGCGGAGAACUGGAUCAGGGACGUCCACGACUACGCGGCAAAGAAAGCCCUGACUGUCGCCGGGUCGCCGAAGCUGGGGAUAUACGACAUCGACUUCGGGUGGGGACGGCCGCGCAAGGUAGAGCUGGUGUCGAUUGAGAGGACGGGGGCACUGUCGCUGACGGAGAGCAGAGGGGAGAAGGGCGGCAUCGAGGUGGGACUGGCACUGCCGAAGCACGAGAUGGAUGGCUUUCUCUCUUACUUCGUCAGUAGCUUGUUGAAUCUUUAAUCAUGCAAGCGGCAUGCCUGAGAAGGUCAUCUACGGUGGCUUCAAGGGCCUGCGACACUGCAACUACCGUCCGUCGUUCGUAUUGCAGGAUUAAGGCAGCAAGCCAUGUAUUGUCUCAGACGAACAAGUGAAUUUUUUUUUCCUUUAUGGGGAAGGACAAGGUAAGAGUCCAUAUUAACAUCAAUGCGGCUCCCGCGACGGUAAGUCCGUAGCUUUCAAAAAAUAGCAUCUUCUUUUCUAUAGGGUAAAGGAUUUCUUCUGAUGGAUCUUGAAAGUGACUAUAUUCAGUAGUUAUUUAAUUGGUCACGGAUUUGGACU